AUGCAAGCUCUAGAGGAUGCAAGCGAUGGCGGUGACAGCAGAAUGGCACAUGACCGUGAGCUGAAGGAUGAUGCGAGUGACAAUGAAUGCGACGGCGCGCCCAAAUCUCUCGAUGAUGAGCGGCAAUCUGAGUACGUCAGCAGCCUCACGCUUCCAAGAGCGGCGCAACCUUCAGCAUCGAGCGGCGUCGCAGCAUCGAUAGCCGUGGUCCAUCAAGAGCCAGAUUUGACGUGCUCAACAAGGAAGAAGUCCCCCACCUUCACCGACAGAACCAAGUGGUACCGGGAGCGCGUAUUCACGUUCGCUGACGGAGGUGAAUAUACCGCGAAAGACGAGUACGCAGCAGUCAAGAGGCUACACAAGGAGCACAGUGUCGGCGGCCACGUUGUCCACGCGGCCCGCGUCUCGGCGACCCAAGAGGGUGCUCGCAACAGGGUUCCUCCUGGUGAGACUCAGGCGGUAACGCGCAUGAAGGACAUCAACGGCGGAGCUUUGGGAACAACCACUCUCGUGUAUCGUCCGCUGAGCGCACAGAGCGCCCUGUCGCAAUCAGGUGCCGUUGGCCCCGGAGAAAGUUCAGCCACCGCUGCCUACUACAACCCUCGCCAGCAUGUCGAUGUGCCCGACGGUUUGGUGAACCAUGUCUUGCCCCGCUUCAUGGACGUACGUCGGCAACUGUUUGACGGCAAGGAAAGAGGGGAGGGACACAUGACUGAACGAGGCACGGUUGAUCCCGUUGAGUAUCUACGGCUAGUGCUUGUGCGCGGGGCCGUUGAGCUGCAAGAGGAACUUCCAGAGAACUGGCUUCUCAAAAGGUUUCCGUUCAACUCACGGGAAUUUCUUGAGCGGGCACCUGUUGCACGGAACGAGAUACGCCAACUGCGCCCAUCCGAUGACAAGUCACGGCCCCACUACAAGGCGUCUCCUGCAACCAUCAGUGAGCUCUCACGUCUGAACGCCAAGGUGUUCACGGCGAGACCAACGCUCCUGGUAACCCCACAACCACGACCACGUCAAACGUCGAACGUUCUGGUGCUCGUACGUCGCAUCCCUCGGGCUGGUUCUAUGGAAAGCUUCCUAACUUUGGUGCCUGCUGCGGGAAACGGGGAAGCCUCAGUGAAAUCUGGCAGGUAUGGGGGGGGUCCAGGAAAGGUAACUGGGGGGAAGGCGGCUUCAAUCUGA